AUAGGAGUGUUACGGCUCGCCCAUCCCGUGCCUGCAGCCAAUCAGCUUGUCAGGGCUGGGCUUAGUCGUCAGGGCUGGGCUUAAGUUUGCUGGUCUCCCGGAGCCCGUUGCCAGUUCGUGCAGUAACGUCCUCGUUGAAGUGGUUACGCUUCCCUCCCUGUGUAUUCUCUCCGAGUUUAUCUCAACCCAUGGAUUUGCUAUUUUCUCUGCGGAGUUUUUUUCCCUGCGAAAUCAUCCUGCUGCGUCCGCAAUUUGGAUUACCCAGACACAUCACGACCCAGACAACCAUGGAGAGGCAUUGGAGACUCUAAAGGAGACACUAGCAGAACAGAAGCAGGAGAUGUUGAACCUGAAGAUGGAACUUCAAGCCAAAGACAGCCAAAUUCAGUUGCUUGGGAAGGAACUUCAUGCAUACACUACAAAUGCAUUAACCCCAGAGUGUCUAAACAACAGUCAUGUACCUGAGUACUUCCACUACUGCACUGAAUUCACCUAUGAUCAGUUCAACAGCUUAUGUGAAUUUUUCAAAGUACCCAAUGAUCCCAUCACUCCACAAACAAACAUUCCUCUCUCUUACAAAAUGCCAGACAUCGAGAUCCAAAAACUUCCCGUGUGUAGUCAGUUUUUACUCACACUAAUGAAACUAAGGCAAAAUUUUUACCACAAAGAUUUAGCAUUUAGAUUUCAGAUUUGUGUACAGAGUGUCAGCACACUGAUAAACUCCUGGGUAGACUACAUGUAUGACAGACUUGGCCAACUGUCCAUUUGGCCGCAUAGAGAUGUGAUUUCACAGAACUUGCCUGUUAACUUUAAAGAGGAAUUCCCAAAUACAUUUGCAAUUCUGGACUGCACAGAACUGAAGACACAGAAACCCAGCUCAUUACUGUUGCAGAGUCAAACCUAUUCAACCUAUAAGUCCUCCAACACACUGAAGUCACUAGUUGCUUGUGACCCACGAGGUGCAGUUAUGUAUGUGUCUGCUAUAUUCACUGGAUCUCUUUCAGACAAAGAGAUCUUUAAUCAGUGUAAUAUCAUAGAGCUACUGCAGGGUUGUAUUCAGUGUGGCUACCUUAAAGUUGGAGAUGGAUUAAUGACCGACAAAGGUUUUUUGAUUGAGAAAGAAGUGGAAGAGAUUGGUCUCAGACUGAACAUUCCACCUUUUGCUAGAUCUAACUGUCAGAUGCCACAUGCAGAUGUUGAGAUGACCAAAAAAAUCGCCAAACACAGUUCAUGUGGAAAGGGCAAUUGCCAAAAUUAAAAAGUUUAAGAUUGUUUCUGGUAGAAUACCAAUGUCCCGACUUUCCAACAUAAAUCAGAUAUGGUACGUGGUUAGCAUGGUGUCCAACUUCCAACCACACAUCAUCAAAGACCAGUGAUCAGGAGGCGCCCUGGUGGCUAUGGGUCCCCUCCUCUCGUACCUUUCUGUCUACAAGGUAUUACUGUACUAUAAUACAGGUACAUGUCCAUUACAUCCUUUUUCAUGUUUCUUUAGUCAUAUUAGUCCUAUGUAAUAUUGUAUGAUACUAACCUACUUGAAAUUACUUGUACACUAUUGCCUAUGUAACAAGUGACUUUUGGAUACAAAAUAAAUACUUAUGUUG